AUGCAUCGUACCGAAUUCCACGGCGGCCCUAAUCCAAAUGUUGCCGAAGAAUGGAUCAAAUCCCUCGAGGUCAUCUUCAAAUACAUGGUGAUGAACGACAGCGACCGAAUCCAUUGCGCACUAUUCUUGUUGAAGAAGGAAGCCCGAAAUUUGUGUGAAGGCGCAAAGAGUGGGAACGAUCUAGAAAAUACGACUUGGGAAGCUUUCAAAGUUCUUUUCUUCGAAAAGUACUUUUCCAAGAAUGUCCGAGCACAAAAUCUUAAAGAGUUUCUCGUACUCAAACAAGGAAACCUAACCGUUGUCGGAUUCACUCACCAUUUUGAGCAAGGAAGCCUCUACUCACCUUUCAUAUCCCAAGACGACACUGAGAAGAUGAAUCACUACCUAAGGGGCCUCAACCCGAUAAUCAAGCGUGACGUUCGACUAACCUCCGCUUCCACUUUCCGCGGAGUAGUGGAUAAAGCCUUGGAAGCCGAACAAGACGAGAUGGAAAUCCGACAAUGGAAACCUCCUCAUGAUGCCUCUUCUCGACCAUGGAAGAAACUGAACCUCAACAACGUCAAAGGGAAGCAACCGAUCAACCGAGCGACCGUGACCCCAAGCAACAAACCCUUUUGCCCUAAAUACAAUCAGGAACACUCAGGUGGAGCUUGUGGAUUUGCAAAUGAUGUGGCAAAUCCUCCAUACAAUGGUCUUAUUUCUGCUGGAAACCAAAAUAUAUUCAAACAUGGACAGGGUUGUGGGAAUUGUUAUCAGGUAAAGUGCAACGAAAAUCCAGCGUGCUCGGGUUUCCCGAUCGUUGUAACUGUCACAGACGAAUGUCCUGGUACAUGCAACAAUGAAGCAUUUCAUUUUGACUUGAGUGGAAAAGCUUUCGGAUAUUUGGCGAAGCUCGGCCAAGCCGAUAAAUUACGGAAUGCAGGAAGAAUUAAUAUCCAAUAUCAAAGAAUUAGGCGGAGUUUUAAUGUGUUCAAAUAUUGCAGGGUUCCAUGUAAAUACAACACGGGUAUAACAUUCAAGAUUGAUACGGGCUCCAACGCUAACUAUCUUGCGUUUUCGAUUGAGUUUGUGGGUGGAGAUGGUGAUAUUGGUUCUGUUGAACUAUUGCCUUCAAAGUCAAAAGGUCCGUUGUACAUGCAAAAAUCUUGGGGCUGCACGUGGAAAGUUGGAAUACCCUUUGGAACAAAGGGCCCUUAUUCUGUAAAGCUAACUACUAUUGAAUCGAGAAGUACAAUUAUCGCGACAAAUGCGAUUCUCGGGAAUUGGUCUCCCGGCAAAUACUAUCACUCGGCAGCUAAUUUCUCUUAAUCAUGCAUAUAUGAUUCGAUCAACCAUCGAUUGAUUGUUAAGAUAUAUGUA